UGAGUCAGCGUACGUUCUUGUUGAGGAGGAUCACGCCGCAUUCAACCGCAGAACUUCGUAGAGUGCGUACCUCAAGUCGUUCCUGCGUCUUUUCAUUCCUAUGUUAAACUGUUGUUUUGAUCGUUUUCUUUAUGUGAAUAGUGUCUACAAAUAAUUAAGUUCAAAUUGGAUGAAUAAAACUAAAAUUCUUAUAAGAUAGUGUUCGAUGUUUUAAACAUCCGAAGAAGGAAAACAACACAGUGGAUAAAAUUAUUUAGAAGGAGAAAUAUCUCUUUUACCGACAUCCAAAUGGGAAGUAGCAAAAUGAGUGACGCUGCGGCGCAAGAGUUGGAAAAACAAUUCGGUUCAUUGUGUAUUGGAGAAGAGACGGAGCUAGAUAUCAAUAAAUUAAACAAAGGCCAGAAGCAAGCGUACGAUAAUAUAUGCAAAUUAUUAAAUGAAAAGUGGAAGUCAAUUAUCACGAUCGAUGCUCCAAGCGGAACUGGUAAAACGUUUCUUCUCUGCACUUUGGCUGUAAACUGCGGGAGAGAAGUAAAAAUUCUUAUAUUCCGGAAAGACCAGGCAAGUGAAAUUUUGUUGAAGAAUAUACAGACGUACACGUAUGUAUCUUUCUGUAUGCGUCAUUUCAAUCUACAGUAUCAUGAAGCAAUUCAAAUGUUUCGAACGUUCAGUGAUGAUAAGAUUCGAGAACUUUAUAAUUUAAUCGUGUACUCUAGAAAGUUUGUCGUUGUUGAAGACAGAUCCGUUCUUAUUUUAGACAUAUAUACUAUACCCUCACCGGCCAUGUUGCUUCUAUUAUACAUACUAUUCCUUAAACAUAAUCUGCACUUACUUUUUGCUGGGGAUGCUAUGCAAUUACAUUCUAUCAAUAAAUGUGCAUUGCAUAAGGAAAGUAAUUAUUAUAUUAUUCAGAUAUUGAAGGAAGAAAGCUUCUCGUCAAUAAUUAAUUUAAGUAAAAACAUGCGAAUAUGUGAUACCUUGUUUGAAGCGAAAGUAGCAAAUUUUUAUAAGCUUCUGCAGCAAGUACAACCUGCUGGGAACGUUCCGUUGAAUUAUAAACUACGUUACCAUUUAUACACUCAGUUUCGACCGAAAUAUCUCGUUGAAGAACGUUUUGAUACUAUUUACAUUGCUCAAACUCAUCGCAACAUUACAAGACGUUUAUAUCGCUUCAUUGAAUAUCUGAAGUCGACUGGCACAACGUAUUAUGAAGUACCAUUUUGUUAUAAAUUAGAUAAAACCAAGCUUCCUCUCGAUACUCGUAAAUAUAAAUUUUUUCCCACCUUGCUGUUAGUAAAAGGAUACAAAUAUAUAUACAUUACCGAAGAAGGUGUCCAUCAUGUUGUUCACUUGGAGGAUAUACUGUUUGAAAACAACGAAAUUAAGAGUUUGAUAAUCAGAUUUGUAAAAGAUAAAAAUCGCGUUGAAAUAAUUAAACGGGUCAAGCUUAAUUAUUAUCAGAUUUUACCAGAUUAUCGUAAUUGGUUAUACAAAAAUGGUGUAAUAUAUGAUAAAAGUGAUAUACGGCAAUUUCCUUUACGUCCAUAUACGCUGACAUAUCAUGCUACUAUAGGACGAACGAUUGACGAAGCGCAAAUAGAGCUUAGCUCCGAGUGUGUAUAUGCUAACUUCUUAUACAUUGGUCUUUGUUCUGUACGCCACGAUAUCGAUAUUCAUAAAAUUCAUGAUGAACGAGAUCUGGCAGGAUAUUUGAUGACGGAGUAUAUGGAAACUCUUGUACCAAAUAAAGACAGUGAAAAAUACUAUUAUCGUUGUCACUUGGACAAAUGUGAAAUUUAUCCAUAUAUUGUUAAAAAUACAAACAGCGAGGAUCUAGAUAAUAUCGAAUGGACGACUAUGAAUGAUAUACAUAAAUUUGAGACAAGCCGGAAAAACUUUAUCCGCAUUGAACGCAGUGAAUACGAGAAGCCCAACAAAAAAGUGGAGACACGAUACAUGGAAAUUACAGAAUUUGUGAAAGAAAAUCCAGAAGUGAUACUUAAUACAAUGGACAAAAUACCUGCUGACGAUUUGAACAACAAUUACAAUAAGGAAAAGAAAAGGAAGAAGAAGGGACAGCGACAAAAAAAUGAAGAGGACAAAGAAUCAGAUGCAUUACGUUACUUACGUGAAAAGUACAAUGAGUGGGUUCAUAAAAAAAAAAAAUAAUUUCCAAGAAUAAGUCUAUGUGCGAAUAUUAAAGAAAAUUCAUACUUUUAUAUUUUAUUUUGAUAUAUUUUCAUAAGAGUCUAUAUAUAUAUAUAUAUAAUUUAAGCGGUUGAAAAUUAAUGUUACGCAGUUGAACGCCGCUGAUGCCUUCAAAUGACCCUUUAAGUAGUGCCAUGAUGCAAAUGGGUUAUAGAUGCAAGAAUUAAUUAUGCGCAAGAUUCCAGUUCUGUGUCUAUGUUCUUAAAAAUUUAAAUUUACAUAAACAUCCGCAAUUUAAUAAUUAUGUUAAGUCUUCAAAUUGAUGCUUCUUGAGUGACAUUCAUAACAUGUAGAAUUGACGCCGGCACCAAUAUUUAUGGUUUUCUCUGUGAGGCGGCGCCCCAAUGCACGGUCUGCUUCGUGGGGCGGCGCAGCGUCGGAUUAGACUGACAAUUUUUCUACUUUGACCCCAAUUUAUAGUAAAAUUACAAAAGCUAUACGAUUCCUAUUGGGUUCAAUGAAUUCCGUGGACUUCAACUAACACAUUGAUAUACUAUAGUUUGGCAAUAUCAAUUUGCAUAUAUCUAUAAAUGUUAAGUAAAGCUGAUGGGACUCUAAUUUUGUACUCUUUUCGUUUUUUCAUUUAAAUUUUUAAAAUGGACUGACAAAAGGUCAGCAUGUAUGCUAGCUACUUCCAAAAAUCACAGAUGUGUUAUAAUGUCGAGAUAAAAUAAUAUAAACCUAUUUUGUGCAAUAUGUACAUGUGCGACCCACCGCGAUACAUGCCGCCCCACGGAACAAACUCGAGUGACCCAUCGGUAGUGCACGCCGCCUCACGGGACAGAUACGUGUGACCUACCGAUGGUACACGCCGGCGUCAACGUGUUAAAUUUAUGUUUUGUCAUACGUUUCCUUUAUUUCUUUGUUGUAAGUUAGGGAAACAAAAUCUUAUGGUCCAAAAAUAUUAUUUGUAUUACGUAUAUUAUAAAAAAUUAUACUUAUAGAUAAUUGUUGAUAAUUAUAUGCUUUAUGUGAUUCUAUGAUCUUUUAGAUAUAAAUGUUUGUUAUAUAAUGUCUGUUACUGCAAUUUACAGCUGCUUUUUGUUGAAUUUGUUAAGGGAUAAAAAGUUCCUGAAAAUUAAUUGAAACAGUUCAUUUUAAUUAGUACAUUUUUAUAAAUAUUCUAUUUUUUACCCCUCUGAUAAAAUCAAAUUAAACAGCAUACUUAAAUCUUAUUAUAGUUUUAAAAAGAUAGUAAAACAACAAAAAAUUCUACGUAUUAAUCUCUGUUAUUUAAUUAGCGUCUAUGUUUGUUCUAUCAAACUCUUUAUACUUGUUUGUUAUUUUAUUUAUAAACAAUAAAUAUUUUAAUAUUUUCUUAACUAAUAAGCAAUUUUUUGUUUUACAAAAUUUAAAGUAGCUUUUUGCAGUUGCAUCACAUUCCAGAUUAACCCUUUGCACUCGAGAGGCUAUUUCCCGUCACCACGGCGUUCCGUGUGGCAACUCGAGAGAAGAAUGAGAGGCGAUAUUCCCUGUUUAUGUUAAAUUUUGACCUCAUCCAAUUGAUGAGAGCGCAGUACUGGUUAGUAAAUAGAUUCUUUAGCUCUUUAUAUUGUUUGUUAUGAAGUGUGAAAUGUUACGCUUUAAAACGAGGAUGAAAUAUUUAUGUUCAAAUUCUUCCAAAACCAUGGUUAUAGUAACGUGUCCGACGUUAGUUCAGAUUUGACGAUCGUGACAGAAGUAUUAUAGUCUUGUAAAUUUAGAAGCUCAAAAAAAUGGAUUUGGAAAUUUGUUGAAUUAAUUCAUAUAUUAAAAUAUAAAAGAACGAAAGGUCACUUAACCACCCACCUACAAGACACUCGUCACAUAUGCGGAAAUUUACUUUGAGUUAUUGCUACGCCCGACCAAAAUGGCCGCCGAGUGCAAAGGGUUAAAAAUUGAGGAACUUUAGGACUUAUUUGACUUAACUUGUAUUAUUUUUUUACAAAGUGGAAUUUAAGGGAUGGUAGGAGAGAUCUAAAAAGCUUUAAAAGAAAAGUAAUAAAAAAAAAAACUGUCGUAACAUACAGUAGCGAACAAAAGAUUAAGACGAAAUGGAAAAAAUAAAUAAUUGAUUUACUUUCUAUAGAAAAUAUAAAUACAGUGUCCUACUUUUGACUAAUUAGACAUUUGUUCGUACACUUAUAAAAAUAAUUUCAUUUUGAUAUUUUGCUCAGUAGCUAAGUUAUAAAAAAGCAACGAAAGCUGUAUAUUUCGUCGGUCAAAAGUUUAAAACUACACAAAAAAUAUUAAUUUUUGGUAAGAAAAUAUACACAAUUUUUGUUUAAAUUCGAUAUUUUGUCCAAUAUCCGUUAUUUCUUAUCACUUCGGUACAUCUUCUUGGCAUAGUAUCUAUUAAUUUUUUUAUAUCGAUCUACCGUAAUAUUACUCCAAGCUGUUUCAAUUGUGAAGUUCAUUUAAAUUUUUCGGUUUAUAACCUUGUACUUUUUUUUUUUUUUUUUUUUUUUUUAUGAUGUUCCACAAAUUCUCGAUUGGAUUAAUGUCUGGUGAUUGCGACGGACAUGGCAACACGGUAAUAUUUUCUUCUUCAAAACACUGCUUCACAACCCGAGCCGUGUGCUUCGGAUCAUUAUCAUUUUGAAAAAGAAAAUCAUCACGCAUAUUGUUGCGUGCAAAAGGCAACAUUGUUAUUAAAUAGGUUUUGGAGUUCGAUAUUUAAUUGAUUCACACAUAUUUAAUUAAUAUAUUCUGUAUUUCACCACCGUGUACAGCCAUAUGAACACACUGGAUAUACUCAGAUAAUUAACUCGUGGCAGACGCCAAAAACAAAAGAGCGUCGUUAGAAGUCGCACCAACUUUGCAUGUAGCAACUAGUGAUCAUACCAACCUAAUAUUUUCCUCAACAAACAUUGUGUUCUUGAGUAUGUCCAUGUACUGAAAACGGUCCAUACUUCUGAGGUGGUUGUUGGUGAAGGUGCCCACAAAAAAUACUCUUGAUGUUUAACAAAAAAGGUUUAUUAAACCAUUAACACUCAACAAUCAACAAUUCACGAUCAACAAUUAACAAUCGAUUAACAAUCAAGAGUUAAUAAUCACGUAUCUCGAAUUGUGUUUGCUUCGCUAUGACGCUAAACCUUUCGCACUUCGCAGCUCGGGACAGACUGAAUCUUUUGUUCGAAACCAAACGGAUUCUUUUCUUUGUUGCCCCUCCAUAUUCGCACUACGCACGCGUUUAUUAGAUGCCGCGACGGUUGCCGCGUAUGCAUUCUUCCGAAUAUUCGGCGAAGGAACCGUAAAGAUAUCGAUGGUACAUUAGGUAUGUCGGCCUUACGCUUUGUAGUUAUAGCGCCUUGUGUCGCGUAGCCGUUGGAAAGUUCCGUGGUUGAGUGCCGCCACAAUUCCAUCAAUACGAUAUAUCGGACCAGGACCGCCUCAAGAAAGACACGCCCACCCCAUAAUGUUCCCACCACCAUGUUUAAGAGUUUUUAAAACGCAUUGUGUUUUCGGACUUUCGCCAAUUCGACGUCUAACUUACCGUAUCCCGUCAGAAGAGACGCGAUUGAAUUUCAAUUCGCCUGAAAACAAUACCUUUUGCCAAUCUUCACAUGUCCGAUGCUUAUGAGCUUCAGCAAAUGCAAGUCGUCUUUUUCGAUUCCUAGAACUCAACAGUGGUUUCUUUCGGGGUUUUCAUCCUCUUAAGUUAAAAUCUUCUAAUCUUCUCCUAACAGUUCUAACGCUAAUUUGUGUAUCAUUUUUAUAGUUUAUCUCCGCAGCAAUAUUAUGUGCACUACGAAAACGAUCCUUUUCGCUCAAUCGAUGAAUCCGGCCAUCCAUUUUCGGAGUUGCGUUUCCGUGGUCUCCCGUUUUUCGGUUGAUCGCAAUACAUGCCUGCCUUUAAAAAUUUAUACCAAGCUUGCUUACAAGCCGUUUCUGACCUGUUCACUAUAUUUGCUAUUUCGGUGAAGGUUUUAGUUUGAUUUCAUAGCCUUACGAUUUCUUUCUUUUCGUUUUCAAGUAAAUUCUUUGAUUUCCCCAUAGUCUGUUCCUACCUAAAUGAAUUUUAAGCAAUAAAAGCUACACUAAACAAUGAUUUUGACAUUCUAGGAAAAAAAAAAAAAUAUCAUUCACGUUUUACACAGAUCGUCUUAAACUAAUGUCCACUGUUUACAAGUGCUAAGCGGUAACUAACUGUUGUAACUCUUACAUUGUUUGUAUUUAACUGGCGGUUUGAGGUUAUGAAGGUCAAACAUACAGCUAUGUUAUUCCAAAGAGACGAACCGAAUAGAAGAAUAAUAUGCGUAUAAGAUGUUUGUAAUACGGUUUCCAACUAAUCGUCUUAAACUUUUGUCUGCUACUGUAUAGUUACAAUAAAUAUAUAUUUAUAUAUACUUGAAUUUAUGCUUUUGUCAUAAAUGUUGAUUAUAUUCGUUUAUUCCAUAAUUUUGUGAAAUAUGUUAAAAAAGCUCUUUUUAACAUUUUACAAAAUAUUAUUUAUAUAUUAUAUACCUAAAUUUAUUUCACAAACAAAGUGAAAUAUGUCUGAAAUGUUAUUACAAGAAGAAGAUUUUCAUUGAUAAUUGUUUUCAAUCAGAAUUAUACUUUUUCACUAGUAUUGUAUUGUAAGUAACGAAAGGAUAAACAUAGUUUUUUUUACAUUCUAUAAAAUAUAUUGAAUUAAUAUUAUUCCUUUUUUAUAUAACUUUUUAUUUUAUUCGAAUAAAUAUCUAUUAUUAUUAGCAGAACCUUUAUGUAUAUCGAAAAUCAACAGUCGACCUUUUUAUUUUAUUUUAGUUAAAUGUUAUGUUUUAGUAUUAAAGCGGAAGUAAAUAGUUUAAUAUCAAAGUAUUGUUCAAGUGCAAAUUAAUGUUGAGGAUACUUAUAAGUAAAAUAAUAUCGUUUAAUAAUUUAUAAUAUAAGUUGAUCCUACAAGCUGAUGACAAAGGAUUGAAAGACUUUAAUUAUUGUAUAAGAUUUUUUUACAAAUUUUACAAAAUAUAUUUGGCGAUUAUAAAUCGUUAAACAAAGCGACAAAUUUUAAUUAAAAGGAUGAAGAUGGCAGAUUAUAUCAUUUACAUUGUCUUUUACUGAUGGUUGCUUAGAAACCUAUAGCAUUGAUUUUGUAAUUGUAGGAAUUUAAUCGAUUUUCAAGAACGAUAUAUUAAUUACUUCCCAAAUUGCAAGUAUAUUCCAAAAAUAAUGAUAAAUGAAGAGUAUAGGAGAAGAACGCGAUAAGUAAUGUCUUUCAUUUGUUACACGUAGUUUUAAAGUUCAGUAUUCAUUGUCAUACAAUCCCAAAGUUGUUACCAAAAAUGUUUACUAUUUAAUUUUAAAGCUAAACGCAUUUUUCUAUCUUCUUGUAAUUUCAAAAUUAUGUAUUACAGUUUUGGCUCGUAUAAUAAAUAAUAAACAACUGGUUUCUGACUCGAAAUAAGCAGUUCACUAUCCCCUCUUCCUUAUUUCUUAUACAACUCAACAAAGUGAGAGUUUCAAAUAUGAGUAAGGGGUCUGCGAAAGCCAGAAGCAAUCAAUUUUUGCGAUCGAAUGAACAAUAACAUCGUUUAGUGGAAGACGAAUAGUAUAUGUAUAAUGCCUUCUCACUCUAGCAUUGGCGACUCUGAAGUGUUAUAUGCUCCUCGGCCAAUCGUUUUUUGUUUCACCGCUAUCUCCAACCUGUCGCUCGUUCUGCGUGUUCUUUCUUAUUGCGUUCGAAAACAAAGUCAAGCCGAGUAGCAUAUAUGAUUCCUAUUAAGCAACCAGUCGAUCUCGACUCUAUGUUGCCUAUUUCGAGGUUGUACUUGUUAUAAUAUUAAAGUAUUACUUUUUUAUAGUUAUAUCUUCGGUUUAUAAAAUAUGUCCUUGUUUAAAAGACGUAUAUCUUUAUAUCUAAGAUGUUCAUCCAAUUUUCAAAUAAGUUUUUAUUAUAAAGUGAUAUUAAAAUAAAAAUAUUGCUGAAAAUAUA